GUACAGCAAAGACGAGCGCUUCACUUUACCGAUCAUUAGUGAUAAUCACCGAGAAGUCGCGUCCUUUUGCAAACCAUAAUGGCAAGCCCGGAGAACCCCGCUGGCGUGGCCAAGGUUGCAAUGGAUUCUGAGAGUCCACCGUGUUCCUUAAAGGACUGGACUUCUGCAAGCAUAGAAGUCAAUGAUCUUUUGGGCUCACAGGUAGAAGUUGACCGUUGUAAAGAAGAAUGGGAAAAAUGGAAGGAACAGCUUGAAAAAGCUGAAAAGGCAAAAGCUGAACUCCUCCUUUCAAAAUUAAGCUGUGAUGCAAAGAAAGAGACAGCACAAGACAUGCUGAUAAAGUUGAGGGAAACAGAAGAGGAACAGCGUAAGGAGACUUUUAUGAUAAUGAAAGACCACGAGAAAAACCUUGAAGUAGUAGAGCAACAAAAUAUUGAGUUAAAGAGAGAGAUUCAGAAGCUCAAAGAUAAUCUUGCUGCAGUUAAUUUAAAACUUGCUGAGAUGAAUUCAAAGUGUUCACAGGUUAUUCAGAUUAAAAAAGAGGUCUCCAAAAAGAAAAUGAAGUUUACAAAAAUGGAAAAUGCUGUUAACAAUGACACGGUUUUGAAUACCCACUGCCUUUGUUGUGUAGCUGCCAAAAUUCCAUUCAAAUUGAAGCAAGGAGAAGCUCUUCUCACUUUUGAAGAUGAAGAUGUUGCCCAGAAACUAAUAGAAAAAGGUACACAUACUGUGAACCUGGACAAUGGGAAGACUGAAGUGAAAGCCAAGCCUAUUACACUAGAAACAGGAGUCAAAUUUGAGCUUCAUGUGAUCAUUUCUGGGAAGAAGAUCAAUGUAUCUGAGGUACCAGAUCUGCUAAUACCUGACGAAUGGAUGAGAGACAAAUUGGAACUAAAUUUUUACAAAUCGAAAGGAGGAGGAGGAGAAGUAGAGAAUGUGGAAUAUGACAGAAUUUCAAGAACAGCUGUCAUCACAUUCCUCAGACCUGGAGUUGCUGAUAACAUUUUGAGACACACAAAACAUCCUUUCCAGUUAGAUGGAAGACGACGCUCUGUUUCUGUUUCUGUUUCCCCAGUCAUAGAAAAGCAUUUAGAAAAGUUUCAGGCUUAUUUUGGGAUUUCUACAAGGACCAUCCUACUCUCAGGAAUUCAAGAGGUUGUGGAAGAUGAGGAAAGCACACAGGACAUCAUUGAGAUACAUUUUCAGAAGCAAAGCAAUGGAGGCGGGGAAAUUGAGAAUAUCACAUACGUAUCAAACCAAACCAAGCAAGUCUGUUUUGAGGAGGAUGUUGGGAAAGUUGCGUGAAGUACAGCAAAUGGAGCCUUAACCUUUGCCAGACGCUUCAUAUUAUCAGGGAGACAUUUGGCAGAAAUAUAGCUUUUAUAAAAAUUAUGCUUUCUAGCCUUAUACAUUUACUCUUGAAAUGGAGCUGCCCUUUCGGUCUCUUUGUUUGUGAUGGCAAACUCCUUUUGAUCUUGAGAGCAGAACUGUCUGAAACUCAGUGAACCAGGUUUGCAGAGGUUCUUUGCAUGUGCCAAGAACAAAUUUCACACAUGGCUGAGAUAUUCAUUACAAAACUCAUAUGAAACCUUAGUUUGCCUUGUAUACAUGAUUUUGUCAAAACCAUAAAUAUUACAAAUGCUUCAAACCUGAGCCCAGGCUACCUUCUGCAAAUCUGACCGAGCUUCAGAUUGGUAAUAAAGCCACAAAUGAAUUAGACUUACCCUGACUUUGUCAGGAAAACUUUGCACAACUCUGCAGAAAAGUGCCUUUAGUUUUAUAUACUUGUUUUAACUAGCUACAUUGGAUAGCUCAGUUGACUCCCAACCUGAUAAGGGUCUUGGGUGCUCCUGUAGUCCAAAGUAUUAUUUUGUAAUUACAUAAGAUUUUUGUAUCACAUGACAGCAAUUAAGAAAGUAAAAUACUACAAACAUGUUUAUUAUCUGGAAGGAAGGAGAAUAUACAGAAAUGGCACCAGUUUAUUCAACAUGUUGGCACCUUCCUGGGCUAUAUUAUGCUGUAGGGAACGGUACCAGAGCUGAUUUGGUCUGCUUUUGACCCUUUUGAAAUGCCAUUAUUUCUUCUAGGACCUGAUCAAACUCUGAACUCUUAGCUCGUAUCAGUUCUGCAUCCUCUGCCUCCUCUCUGUCUGAAGGCUGUAUUGCUUUUUGACAGGUCUUUUUCAUGAACAUUUGUAUUGACAAUUAUACUGUUCCUUGAUCAUGCUCAUUAUGCUGCCUAAUUUAAAAAUACCCAGAUGCUAGCUAAGAAUAUGACCUGGGCGUCAUUUAUUUUAUGACUACAUUAACACAAUCAGCUUGUGAACAUCACCGAUGGAUUUUAGUCUGCGUGACCUGUGCCAAACUACCACCCUUACAAUGGAGGGUGUAUGGAGAAGGUUAAUUGAGGGUCACAUGGAGAGCAGGACAAAUUAUGUCUUCAGUAUUCUUGAACUAGAGACAAAAAUAUCUGCCAUAUGAGCAAUUAGCUUUAACCCGUAAGGCACAAUAAAAUCACACUCCAGUUCAAAACAAAAAACUACAAUAUGUUGUACAGGGAAAGGUGGAUAAAAGCACAGUUCAGAUAUAAGCAGCACGUUGGCAGGAAACUGAAUUUUUUUGGUUGUAAAGCAUGCAACAAUGGAAAUUAAUUCCAUUUAACAUAGUCAAUUUCAUGAAAUUCUUGAACAUGAUUUACUUUCUUGGUUUAAAGGAUCUUACUGUGCAAAUGCAAUUCUGUGUUGUUCUCGUGUAGGAAAGGUAUUAACAAUAUACUCCAACUAUUGUAAUUGUAAUCACAUUUAGGUUGAACAUUCAUAACAACUUAAAUAUCAAACUAUCUAGAGAGCAAAAAAAGAUGAGUAUUGCUGAUAUUGAUUUGCAACUGCUGUGUUAGGAGAUUUGUGUGUUUACAGCUCCACUUACUGUUUGGUGCCUGCAAAGCGCUUAUAGUGAUUAUACUAGCAACAAACAUGAAGUGAAUAAUAAAUAAAGUUAUAUGAAUAUGGAAUGACUAGGGGAGGCCUGUAUGCUUUGCUUACAAGCUUGAAAAAUUUAAUGCUAUUCAGAUCAGGUGCCCUAAACUGCAAAGAAAAAAUGCAUGAAGACUAGUAACUCUUGAUAUUUACACUAUAUCUCACUGAUAAGCGUUGAGAUAUAAAUCCUUAGAGAAUAAGAUUUAAAUAGAUGGUCUAAUAAAGCUUAUUGCUAGUGGGGCUAGUGAAAAGCUGCCCAACGUAAAACUCAGGUGAUUUUUUUUGUGAGUAAUCUUAAGAAUCAUAGUAUUUGUGAAUUUCUCAUUUUGUACUUGAUCUGUUGGUUAUUCUUUUAAAGUAUGAAACAGUCAAGUAAAGAUGCCAUAUAAAGGUUGUUUUAAUACAAUAAAAUGUUGCUAUUUCUUUGCAUUAGA